UUUUUUACACUGAUUGCUUUUACACCCAUAAAGGCUGUAAAAGCAAUCAUUUCUUUUCUCUCUGGCUGCAUUCUUGCAGCCAUUGAGAAAUACUGUGUGAACUGUGAUUGGUCACAGCUUGUCACAUGGUACAAGGCUGUUGUGAAUAACUUUGUACCAUGUGAUCUCUGUGAUCAUUCACAGAUUGCACACGUAGUAAGCAAUGAUGUCACAAGUGACAUCUUGCUUACUACUUUGCAUGUGAUCACUGAUUGGCCAAUCAGUGAUCACAUGAUCGGGACCUCGUACAGAGGUCCCGUCCGACGAUCGGUG